AUGUCUUCGCGUCUUCGCCUGUCUUCAUAUCCCUCAUCCCCCUGUCUUCGCAUCCCUCCCCCCCUGUCUUCGCAUCUCACCUCCCCCUGUCUUCGCAUCUCGCCUUCCCCUGUCUUUGCUUCUCGCCUCCCCCUGUCAUGGCAUCUCGCCUCCCCAUGUCAUAGCAUCUCACCUCCCCCUGUCAUGGCAUCUCGCCUCCUCCUGUCUUCGCAUCUUGCCUCCCCCUGUCUUCGCAUCUCGUCUCCACCUGUCUUCACAUCUCGCCUCCCUCUAUCUUUGCAUCUCACCUCCCCCUGUCUUCGCAUCUCGCCUCCCCCUGCCUUCGCAGCUCCUCCGUGUUUCGUAGCCUGUUGGCCAGCACCUUGCCGCUGCUCCCAUUUUCUUCUCCCUGCCUCUCUAUUUCUCUUCUCCCUGUCUGUCUCCUCUUUUUUCCUUGUCUCUCUCCUUUUCUUCUCCAAGCCUCCCUCCUUCUCUACUCCCUGCCUCUCUCCUUCUCUACUCCCUGCCUCUCUCCUUUUCUUCUCCCUGCCUCUCUUGUUCGCUUCUCCCUGCCUUCCUCUUUCUGUCCAACUCCGCCUUUGCAGCACCUCCUUCCCCCCUCUCACAGCACAUCCCUUUCCCCUCUCACAUCACCUCCCUCCUCCCUCCCACAGCAUCUCCUCUCCCCUUCUCGUGACACUUCCCUUCCACCGUCUGACCUCACCUCCCUUCCCCUUUCCCUCUCUUUCCGCCAUCUACCGCCAUUCCGCAUCCGCCAUCUUCCGCCAUUCGGUCUCUCAAAUCUACCGUCAUUACGCCUUGCAUUCCGCCAUCUACCGCCGUUCCGCCUUGCAUUCCGCCAUCUACCGCCGUUUCGCCUUGCAUUCCGGCACCUUCCGCCAUUCCGCCUCUCGUUCCGCCAUGUACCGCCACUCCGGCUCUCUCUCCGCUAUCUACUAUGAUUCCGCAUCUAGUUCUGCCAUCUACCGCCAUUUCGCCUCUCAUUCCGCCAAAACUGCCAAUCCGCCAUGCUCGUACCUAAGGCAUUAUCACGCAAACUCGUGA